AUGCAGUCUGCCUGUCACAGCACCAACUCGGCGCUCUGCAACAACAAUGCUUCGUUUAACAACGACCCCGCGGAUUUUAUUCAAGCACUCCACAGCAGCCCCACCAGUAAUCUUAGCAGCGUCCUAGGUAAUAUUAUUGCUAUAACCAACGGACUCAUUCAACAGAUCGCUGCCGGCCAGCAUAACCUCGACACUGCCAACUUGGCAGCACAGACUGCAGAAAACGAUCGCGCGUACUUCACUUCGGAGUUUAUGAAGAUCCACUACAUCUGCGGCCUCUUAGACUCCGUGGCCUACACCGCCAUCCAGGAAGAGAUUCUGACUAUCGACGAUGCCGACGAUGACGCCAACUGGGCAUGGAAGGACUCAGAGGAACUCUUCAAGGCACUAGACAAGCUACAUGCACUAGGCGAUCUUUCUCGCAAUACUAGGAUUGAGCUCGAUAAGCUUAAUAUGGGCAACACUAACUUCCCGAACUUCCUUGCUACGUUCAACCGCUACGCCAACAGCUCCCGCCGCAGCGCAACUAAGAAGGUCGACCUUCUGAAGCUCAAGGUCACACCUGAGUUACUCGAUCGUGCCCUUACCCGCAAAGGCAGUCUCGCAGUAGACGACUUCUUGGGAUGGUGUGCGUUGUUCUAA